ACUUAAACACAACACAUUUUGUUCAUAAUAUUUUGCAACCACGGCAACGGUUUCACAUUUUGCUCAGAGGAUAACUGCAUUACAUUACUUGUAGUGUUGGUCCGAAUGUUGAAAUUAAAGAGGAAAAACAAAAUUUAUUCAAAAUAUGAAGAUAUGUUUAACCCCACUGAUUUGAAAGAUCCAGACAAAGCACAGAGGAUAAAUUUAACUAUUGAAGACUUUGAUGCGAAAGGACAUGUGGCAAAUCCACGAGCACCUUGCGUUGUUACCACGAUAGAUCCCGACUACACAAAAAACUCGGCUUUGCAGAGAAAAACACAAAAAUUUCGAAUGAAAACAGAUAUUUUAAGAUUGCGGGAAAUAACGCGAAAAAAAUUCGUUAUAUACGCUACACAACAAAAAUAUUUGGAAAAGCAAAGAGAAGAAGCUUUUCAAGACGAAGCUUAUCAACGUAUAACGGAGUUCCAAGAGUUUGCUCUUAAUGCUCUUUGCAAGAUAGAAUCGAGUGCUUUUGCUGGGAUGCAACAAAUGCAAAAACAACUGCAAGAUUUACAAAGGAUGAAUAUAAACGAGGAACUUAGAAAUAUAGUAGCAGAUCAUCAGCGAAUUCUCAUGGAAGUGCAAGAGGUGUACGCCAGGUUUCUUUUCCUUUUGAAAGUUAUUAGUUAUUUUGACGAAAUAAUAUCACCCGAAGACAUAGAGAACGGCCAGGAGAAAAGAAAACUUACGCUUCCAAAAAAUGUUGUAGAAUUGGAAAUUAAUGAAAAACAUCCAGUUGGCCAACGCGAAGUCUCUGACAUUAUAGCUUACAUGGACAAUGUCAUAAGACCAUAUUUAGCCAAAAGAAGCCAUCUUAAUUCUGAUAUAUGGAUCAAGGGGUACGAACGUACAAGGCAUAAGAUUUUCAAUUUUAACCGAAGAUUUGCACAGGUGGCUUUGCUGAAUCAUUUGGUGUUUGUGAUUCAUGACAAAUCGGAAAAGGUAUACACUCGGAGAGUGGUCCGACCUAUUUUGUUAGCAGGCACUGGAUUUCUUAAGACACGUAUUGAUUCUUUAAAGCAGCAUUCUUUCAUCAUUUUCAACGAGUUUGAAAAACUUCAGAAAAAAGAUAAACUUCUUAUGAAAUUGAAUGCAAUCGUAUCAGUUAUACUUCACCGAAUUGAGGACAAAAUAUCAAAAUGCAAUGAUUUUCCAGGGGCUUUAAUAACUGCCAAAUCGAAAAAUAGCCCCCCGGAGAAAAGUAAAAAAUCAUCGAGUGUAGUAGUCUCAACAACUGAACGAGAUAUUUAUGCUUUGGAGAGAAUUGAAAAAAUGCAUUGGUAUCUGCAGAAUCUUUUACAUGAUUUGGAAAAGUAUUCCCCAGACAAAUGCAGACAAAUUGAAAUUAAUGUUCGAAAACGUUUGGAAAUGCAGAAAGACUUCUCUCGACGAGCACUAAUACAAAAAAAUCGUCUUCACAAUUGGAUGGAUCAUUAUAAAAAACAUGAUAUUUUACGACAAAGUAAAUAAAUAAUAUUCUAUGUAUAAUGAGAUCCAACAAAAUAACUAUAGACUCAGGAUCAGUAUAUCGAAUUUGUUUAUAUUUUGUCCCAUAUUAGAUUCAUUGUAAAAUGUAUCAAAUAAACCAAAAUAACCUAUUUGAAAUGUUAAAAAGUUAA